AUAAUCUCCAUGGGAUACAAAACAUAAUUAACAAGCAAAGCAUCACAAUCGUCUUUAAAUGAUCGUGUUCAUCACAUUAUCUAGCAGGAAUAAAUAAAGGAAAGAGGAAGAUCUGAUGAUGAUUUGGAGCUUACAUCAUAAGAUAUAGAGCAUUGCUUAACAUAACAAUCCUAACUUUUAACUGAAGAUUUUAAUGGUGUUGUAGCUCUACAAGCUAAGCAUGCGAAGUGCAGAUGCCCUUCUUUUGUUCUUUAUUUAUUAAGUGCGUUGGGACACCGUUUUUACUUGGCUUUAAAGGAGACCAUUCUAUUUUUUCUGAAAUUCGGUGUCAUUCAAUAGCAUAAACUAGCAAAACGGUUUGUCUGCGCUGGCUCUUGUUCCCUUGCCAUUUGUUGGUUAAUUAUUCAUUUAUUCUAUGAAUUUGAUGUUAGGAUAUUUGAAUUUUCCCACACUGAAUUUGUAACUUCCGAGUCAGUGCAUAGAUGUAAUUCACUGGAAUACCUGUAGAAUAUCUAUGCAUUGUUAGGUGCUUUUUUUCCUUUUUUUUUUUGGAUUAAUUAAUAUGGUUUCAUAACUGUUUCCUCUGGUAAGAAUUCAAGCAGAAAACCAAUUCGACAGAGAGAGCAAGAUGGGAACUCCAUCAGAAAUGAAGCCAGCCUACAUCGCAACCUUGGAGGAAGACUGGAAGAGCCUGGCUGAAUUCUAUGAGAAACAUAAAGAUCGCCUGUUGACUCCAAUGUCAUUCACCGAAGAUACUGCAUUUCAUAUGGCUGUCUACAGUAAAGAUGAGAAAUUGCUCAAGUGUCUUCUUGAUUACGCACAGGAUGUGCCUACGUCCCAGGAUCAUAAACAUCCCAUUAGUAUUACAAAUGUUUAUGGACACACACCACUUCAUUUAGCAGCCAGCAGAGGAAACUCUGAGGCAGUAAAGCUCUUGGUGGAGGAAUCAAAGAAAAUCCUUGUGGGAGAAUCAGAAAAUGAGAAACAGAUAUAAUGUUGAUGAAAAACAAGCAAGGCGAGACCCCAUUGUUUAGAGCUGCUGCGUUUGGUCAGACUGAAAUAGUCAAGUAUUUGGCUCGUCAACCUGCACACAUAGUCAAUGAUGAGCUUUUAUUAGUUCAUCGCCAAAGGAAUGAUGGACAAUCUAUUCUUCAUGUUGCAGUCGUAGGGGAGAAUUUUGGUCUCCUCUCUUCUCUGUUUCAAAUUAAAUGCUGAGAUAUAUUCAUGCUAAAAAUCGCAAAAAAUAAUAAAAAUAAUUUUGCUUUUCAUUGCAGAAACUGCUGUGCUGCUGUUAAAAACUUGAUAAAUCACUUAGCAAGUUGACAGACAGCGGGGGGAAAACUUGUCUUGGUUUAUUGACCGAGAUACCUUCUGCUUUCAAGAGUGGACACUCUAUGAGUAUAUUCAGCCAAUUCCUUUACAUGUGUCUUCCGGCUGAAGAUCAGUGUGAUGGGGCCAUCAAUGAAGAUACAUCAAGAGUUUGGGAAGCUAUGGAGAGUGGCCAAAGGAGGAAUAUGAAUAGUCGAUUUAGCUACCAUGUCCACGGAGUGUUAGAAUGGAUCAACGGAUCAAUCUGCAGAUUCUCCUUCAAAGGGUGGCCGAUGGUGGAAAGAAUCUGGGAAAAUAAGAGGAAGCUUAAAUCUGCCUUGCAACUGGCAAAAAUGCUAAUAAAGAGUGAUGUUUCGUGGGAUCAAGAUAUUGCUGUACAGGGCCAGUAUGGAGCGAGCACUGGAUCCCCUUUCUUUGGUCCUUCGCAUCCUUUGCUUACAGGAACAAAAACAGGAAUACUAGAGGUUGUUUCUGAAAUGCUCAUAGAGCAGCCUCAUUUUCUUGAUCUUCUUGACGAAGAAGGGAAGAACAUAUUGCAUGUAGCUAUAAAGUACAGACGCAAGGAUAUUUUCCAUCUUAUAAAGAGUAACCGGAUAAUAUCGAACAGGAUGAGCUAUGGAAUUGACAAAGAUGGCUACACAUUGUUGCAUCAAGUAGCAGACAACAAGUAUUACUCUGUAGGUAGCAAGCAUGGUCCUGCACUACAAUUACACGAAGAGUCAAAAUGGUUCACACGUGUCGAGAAGCUCAUCCCUUCUUAUUAUGCCAAGCUCCGCGACUCUAAGCAAAAAACUGCAGAGGAGCUCUUCAAUGAUAUGCACAAAGAACAACUCCUGGCCGCACAGCAAUGGGCCAAGGAAACUUCUCAGUCAUGCUCAGCUGUAGCUGUUCUUGUUGCCACCAUUGUCUUUGCUGCUGCCUACACUGUACCUGGUGGUUCAAAUGAUAAGGGCAUUCCAAUUUUCCUCAACUAAAACUUUUUCUUGUUUUUCACCAUCAUGGAUGUUAUCGCCUUAGCAAGCUCCUUGACCUCAGUUGUGAUGUUCCUCUCUAUCCUCACUU